AUGUCUGACAAUUCAAACGCCAACGUUGAUUCUCAACAAGAAUUGCAAUCCCUUCGACAGCUUCGCGCGAGUUUGACCAGUCUAGAUGUUUUGACUAAACAAAUUUUGCAAGAUCUCGAAAUUAUGACUAGAAAUUACGAAUCUAUCAAUGCAAAUACUGAUUAUGAACCUUUUGUUAACUAUGAAUCUGAUGAUAAUUAUGGAUCUGUCGAUGAUUAUGAAUCUGUCAAUAACUAUGAAUCUAGCUUUAAGAAGUCAGAGGAAGAAAUCCCAGUCAUCGAUCUAACGGAAGCAAAUUCGUAUUCACCUUUUGAUGAUUUUGAGGUUAUUGCUACUCAAUCAGUAAUUAUUUGA